UCCCUCGCGCUCGGUGUUGUUGGCAAUCAUAACCUUCGCCGAUCCCUCCAUUUCUCGCUCUCUCUCUCUCUCUCUCUCGAUCGAUCUCUCGAUCUCUGGAUCUCGAUCUUGUGACCAUGAGCGGAGGGGAUCUCCUCGGCGUGCAGCCCAGCGAAUUAAAAUUCCCAUUUGAAUUGAGGAAGCAAAGCUCAUGUUCAAUGCAACUUACCAACAAGACUGAUCAGUAUGUGGCCUUCAAGGUUAAGACAACGAAUCCAAAGAAGUAUUGUGUACGCCCUAACACUGGGGUCGUGUUGCCUGGCACUACUUGUGAUGUCACAGUAACUAUGCAAGCUCAGAGGGAAGCUCCACCCGACAUGCAAUGCAAAGACAAGUUCCUUCUUCAGGCUGUUAUUGUAGAGCAGGGUGUGACAACAAAGGAUAUAACUGCUGAAAUGUUCAACAAAGAAUCCGGUAAAGUUGUCGAGGAGAUUAAGUUGCGGGUUGUUUAUAUCCCAGCUAAUCCUCCCUCUCCUGUUCCUGAAGAAUCGGAGGAGGGAUCCCCUCCAAGGUCAAUUAACUUGGAAAACGGAUCCCAAAGUUCAUCUGUGUUUGAUGCUGCAGCACAAUCUUUUGAAGAACAGCAAAAAGAGAAGCCUUCAGAGGCAUUGGCUGUGAUUUCCAAGUUGACUCAAGAAAAAAAUCGCGCGAUACAGCAAAAUCAAAAACUCAUGCAAGAGCUGGAAGUGUUGAAAAGAGAAAGUGGAAGACAUGGAGGAGGUUUCUCAGUUAUGUUUGUGGUUCUGGUGGCAAUUUUGGGGAUUAUUAUUGGUUAUAUUAUCAAGAAAACAUAAAGAGUUCCAAAUUGUGGUCCUCACUGAGAAAAGUCUUUUUUUAUUAAAAGGACUAGUUAUUUUCUUCAUCAAAGAACAAAAGUACUGAUUUGCAUCCUUAGGCUUGCAUUUUGUAUGAUCAAUUCAUUAUUGUGUCUUAAUGUUAAUUAUUUGUGCUAAUGAAAAAUGUAAAACAUUUGGAACAUUUUGUUCAGAUUUCUCAGAACUCUGUUGCAUAUUA